UGGUGCGAACCGCACACGAGUCUUAUUUUAUCGUUGCUUAGCUACAUUAACCUCCUCGUGCGUUGUUCUUGUCAUUUAACUGAUAUUUCCAGAGAUCCACACAGCGGAGAGCUUCUGUCAGAAAACACGAUCAAGAUGGUUUGCGCUGGAUUCACCUGCUCCAAGAAUUCCCUGUGCGCGCUCAACAUCCUCUAUGUUAUGGUGAGUUUACUGAUGAUUGGCAUCGCCGCCUGGGGGAAAUGCUUCGGGCUGGUGUCGAGCUUCCAGGUGGUGGGGGGCAUCAUCGGGGUGGGAGUCUUCCUCUUCUUUGUUGCCCUAGCUGGACUCAUUGGUGCCAUGAAGCACCACCAGGUUCUGCUGUUCUUUUACAUGAUCAUACUGUUCCUGGUGUUUGUAGUUCAGUUCUCUGUGUCGAGUGCGUGUCUGACUAUCAAUGAAGAGCAGCAGAAUAAUCUUUUAGAGGUGGGCUGGAAUAAUUCUCUGACCACCCAGAGAGACGUGGAGAAGAGUCUGAACUGCUGCGGUUUCUCACACAUGGUCGUCAAUGGAAGCUGCGCUGCUCCCUGCUUUCAUUACAGCACCUGCACCACCUGUGCAGCAAAGAUCCAGGAGCAUGCUGGGGAAGUGCUGAGAUUCGUGGGAGGGAUCGGACUCUUCUUCAGCUUCACUGAGAUCCUGGGUGUCUGGCUGACAUACAGGUACAGAAACCAAAAGGACCCGCGGGCGAACCCCAGCGCCUUCCUGUAACCCGUCCGGGUUCAAAUCUGACAUCCGAAUUCUCUCGAUCCGUCCUGAGCACUCGUCUGAACACUGGAAUUGGAGUUUUGUCUGAAGGGUGUGUGUAUGUGUUUUCCCUAAAGAGGAGACCAGCCUGUGUGUUUUUUGCUGCUAUAUAUACUAUGUGCUUGAUUUUUCAAGAAUACGGUGUGCAGACAAGCUUGUACUUGUGUUUAAGGAAUACCAGUAGGGCGUAAACGUAUGACACUAAUGGGCUAAACAACAUUGAUAUUUAUAUUUAGUUCUGUUUUAUUUGUGGUACAACAGGUGUACGCAUGUAAUGUUUUUGUUUGACUGAAAGUAUUUCUAUGUUCUGACUAUAUCGGAUUAUAAUCGUUACAGUUCUAAGACAUGAUUCUUAAAAAUGGACAAACUACUCAUUAGCAUGACUGAUAUACAAUAAAAUCACACUGAAUCACUGUUAUGCAAAAAAGUACAAUUAGCAUAAACCAUUUUAACAAAGCAUUUUAAAAUAUGUCAAAGUGACAGUCCACCCAAAAAAAAUUCAUUGUCAUUUAUUUGCACUCGUGUAUUUAAAUCUGUUUAUAACUUCGGUAUGUCCAUACAAUAGAAGUCAAUGGGGCCGAUUAAGUUUGGUAACCAACAUUCUUCAAAAUAUCUUCUUUUGUGUUCUGCCGAAGAAAUGAAGUCAAACAGGUUCAAAAUGACAUGAGGGUGAAUAAAUGGUGAAAGAAUUUUCAUUUUUGGGUGUAUCCCUUUAACAAUAUGUAACUAUCAACCAGUGAGAUGAUCAACCAGAGUGAUAAGAACAGAAUUGGCAUGAAAUAUUAAAGUGGUGGAUUUGUUUUCCUUGAGUUUUAAAUGUCACUGACACAUGUCACAUCCCACUUGUUUGUCUGCCUACUUCAUCUCUGUUUUGUGUGUGUUUUACUGGCUUUAGUUUGCGUUUUGUUUUGUCUUCUUGCAUGAUUUCGUCGCUGAAAUGUACAUCUAUAGUUCUGUGAACUAUGCUGUCAUUCAUCUGAAAAGAACUCAGAAAUAAAUACCCUGUAGGAA